CAGACACAGAGAAAGAGUGCCGUGAGAAGAAAGGAAAGAGACUACUACCAUGUAGUAGAGUGUCCAUAUACAUAUGGUCGUCAUUUAGAUAGAUUCAUCACACUAGACUCGUAGAGAGAGGGAGUGAUCAGAGCCCAGAAUACAACAGGAAAAGAAACAAUCACAAAGAGAAGGAAAAAAGCAUAGGCGAGGAUGAUAAAAAAAGGGUAGCACAAAGGCGUGGCAGAACAACCAAGGAGAAGAGAAAGGAUAGAAAGAGUCUCACCUUUGCCUUUUCUUUUUUCUCAAUUUCUUCCUUCCACGAGAGAGAGAGAGAGACCACGAACCGUCAUCACAUUUCAAGCAACAUCUGUCUGAUCACUUUCUCAAUUACCCUUUUCUCUAUUCAUCCAGUGAGACUAAACCAAGUAAUCUCUAUUUAACGAGCAAGAGAUAAAUGUCAAACAAGUGUGAAGUUUGUUCUUGAAUUUGAGAGAUCUAGUUUUGUUAUUGUUUGGGAUUGAUUAGAUACAGAUUAAAGAGUAAGUUAGAUAUGGUUGCGAAGAAAGAAGAAGAUCAAGGUGAUUGUUCUCAGACUAUCCAGAGCAUUCAAGGCAAACAAGAACAAUUAUUUAUCCAACACCAACAGCAGCAGCUUCAACAACACCACCAACAGCAAUAUAGUGAUGGCUAUGAAGGUGGGGUUGCAGGGAGAGGUGGUGGGUUACUCCUCCCUGAACUCUCUCCGAUCAUACCGUGGUCUCUCCCUCCCAUUCACACAUUCAACCCAGUUCAUCAGUUUUCAACCAACCCAGUUCGAGACCACGACCCAUUUCUUGUUCCUCCUCCACUACCAUACGGUGGCUUAUUCGGCAGAAGAGCUUCUGCUCUACAGUUUGCUUAUGAUGGUCCAUCAUCUGACCAUCUCCGACUCAUAUCAGAUCCCCACGGUCCGGUGGUUCAACCUGGCUCCUCUCCUUUUGGCAUUCAGGCAGAGUUGGGUAAGAUGACAGCUCAGGAGAUCAUGGACGCCAAAGCGCUUGCAGCCUCUAAGAGCCACAGCGAGGCCGAAAGGAGACGAAGAGAGAGAAUUAAUAACCAUCUUGCUAAACUGCGUAGCUUGCUUCCUAACACGACCAAAACAGACAAGGCUUCAUUGCUUGCGGAAGUGAUCCAACACGUGAAAGAACUGAAACGUCAGACAUCCCAGAUUGCAGAAGUGAGUCCAGUCCCAACUGAGGUUGACGAGCUCACGGUCGAUGCUUCAGAUGAAGAUGGAAAGCUCAUAAUUAAAGCUUCUCUAUGUUGUGAGGACAGGUCUGAUCUCUUGCCCGAACUUAUCAAGACCCUGAAAGCUCUGAGACUUCGAACAGUGAAAGCCGAGAUCACCACACUUGGGGGACGCGUGAAGAACGUAUUGUUCAUCACUGGGGAAGAAGAAUCUAAGGACAACGAGCAGCAACAACAACAGCAACAGUAUACUAUAAGUUCGAUCCAAGAAGCACUCAAGGCAGUGAUGGAGAGAACCGCUGGUGACGAGUCUGCUUCAGGGUGUAUUAAGAGACAAAGGACUAAUAUCAACAUGCUUGAACACAGGUCUCUUUGACUUCUCCUUUAAACGAAAACCUUUUUCUUGCUUUCUUUUUCCUUUUUACUUUGGCUUCUUUUCGAGUGUGUUUAUGUAUUUCCAUCACAUACAAAAAGUGAGGAAGAGAGAAUGCAUGAUAGAAGGAAAAUGGGUUCUGGUUGGUUUGUCUUCUGGUUCUAUAUAUUAGUAUCUGUUUUGGAACAUUGGUUUGGACUUGGCCUUGGCCUGUAGAGAUAGAAAGAGAGAGAAUUUUGGAGAGAGAAAGAGACAUGGAUUUGGCAGUUGGUAUAUGCAUUACAUUACAUGCAGUUGGGGUUUUGUUUUUUAGAGGUGGCGGGAUGUUCUAUCGUCAUGCUACGUCCCAAUCCCAAGUCGUCAACCCAUGUCUUCUUCUCGUACAGAGUUGUCUUCUCAUCUUGUGUUGUGUGUGUGUGAGUGAAAACCCUAACAGGGUAAGUAAAAGAGACAUGCAAAUGAACUGCAAGCUAGCCCAGGAUGAGUAUGUCGUCUAUUGUGUCACGAGAACUACUCAGCUCAGCUGGGAAGGGAAUGUACAUAUUAUUGGGCUUUCUUUUCUCAUUUUGUAUCUUUUUUUUUUUUUCUUAUUGGGAGUGUGGGAAUAUAUAUUUACUCAUUUAUAAGGAGAAUAUUGGUCUG